UAAAUCGAAAAAAAAACGAUAUUUUUCAUCGAUCCCUAUCCAUUUCGAGAGGAAGCGAGCGAAGCCGACGUCAAGGAAUCCGUCGUCGCUCUCAUCCUCGAUUUGCCUGUCUGUGGCCGUCGCUUUCCCUGCUCUUCCUCCAUCCACGUUGGAGAAAAAAAUUGUGGCCUUUUCGGCUAUGUCGAUUGCUCGCACGGUCCGUUCGAAUCCGCGCAUUGAUGACUCACGAGAUCUUGAUAGGGAGAGCAGAUUGGGAUUCGGGCACCGAGAUCUAUCGCUUUGCCGAUGAAGGAUCAUCAAUAUCUUUUGAGUUCUUCUUCCCUAUCAAUGACACAAAUGUGGUAUUAAUUAGCAACACAGGAAUAAUAUAGAGAAAAGAGAGAGAGAGAGAGAGAGAGAUCACUUCGACAUGGGUACUGCCUCCCACAAAUUGCCCAAGUUCCAUAGGAACGAGGAUAAUAGGAACAUCAUCAUCCACCCUCUGUACCUUCCCAAGUCAUCACCAUGGCUUGAUUUGAAGGUCUUCUAUGUGAGAUUGAGCAAUUAUGAGGUUGGCGAAUCAACGCCUGAGCAUCUCACUAUCAAGCACACCUCCUUGACUCCUGAUACCAUUUUAGAAAUCAAUGGAAGAAGAAGCGGUAUUUACUCGGACUGUGUUUCCUGCUUGCUUAGAAGAGAUAGGAUGGAUAAGAAAUCAGAAGAAGCUACUUUUGUUGGAACAGAUUGCAUAAGGAUGACUGGAAGUGUGAGUUUUGAUGUUUGGGAUGGAGACGAUAUGCUGCUUAGUGGAGUGCUGGAGCUGGGAGAUAGGAAUGGUUUGAAGGCUGAAACAAAGAUAAGUAAAAGCAAAUGGCGCAUCAAGUGCUGCAUUGUUUCUACAGCGGCCUUUCGCUUUUUGGAUGACAAGAUUAAGAGUUCAGAAUCUUCUGCAGUUGCACCUCUAAUUGAAGUUUAUAUUGCUGGGUGUUCCUCAGGAUCUCCCAUUAUCUUCACUAAGACUAUGAGACUUCCUGGACGAAUGAAAUGCCAGAAGAAGCUAAUGCAAGAUUCAAUCCUAGAUAACAAUUCCAUGGAUACGACGAAAGAUUUACCACUCAAAGAUGUUUCACAGGAAACUCAAAAUGGAGAUGACAAAUCUGAAAAUAGCACAGACAUGGACUAUGAGAACUUGCAACCUAGUGCAGAUUACGUAGACGAGGAUGGCGAACUCUCAUGGUUUAAUGAAGGUGUCAAAGUUGGAGUCGGGAUCAGUAUCAGUGUUUGUAUCGGUAUCGGAAUUGGUGUUGGUUUGCUGAUCCGCACAUACCGAGCCACGAGUCGAGACUUAAAGAGGAAAUAUUUUUGAACGUGAAUUAGUGAUCCUACCUACGCGAUGCCAUGCUUCAACCUUUGGAUGUGAUUCAAGAUGGCACAAAUUUAGGGCAGGAAACCCCAAAAUGCAUUAUCAUGCUGAAGAAAAUGCUUGCUGCUGCCCUCAUGGUCCUUCUGUUGGAUACUGAAAUCUCUUCUAUCUUGAUUCUGCUGAUAGUUUCAGGGCAUGGAGGGUUUCUGCUUAGGGCAGAGUUCUAGCUUCUGAUUAAUUUUCAGAAACUUGAAUAAUAAAAUAUGGUGAAUCUUUUUGACAGGUUUUUUUGCUCUAUCCUCGAAUUAAAUCUGUCAGAAUUUUAGCUACAAAAUGUUCUGCUGUAACAAUAAUGUUGUUCUCAUUCAAUUUCCAGAAAAUGGUUCUGUAAAAUACAUUUGAUGAUAUAAUUAUAUAGGUAUUUUCUUUAUGAUAAAAA